UUUGUCCUUGAAAAACGUGUGUGUAAGAAGUUAAAUUUUUUUUUCAAUAGAUCGCAGGAUGUCCUUCUCGCACACUGUUGCUUUCCUUAUCUAGCGUCAUUGGACAAGGAGGGCUCUAGCGUGCGACAAGGAUAGACAUAUCUGUGCGAUAGACAAGGAGGGCAACAGCAUGCGACAAGGACAGACAUAAGACGCGGUAGACAAGGAGGGAAACAGCGUGUGACAAGGACAGACAUAUUCGCGCGCGAGACAAAGAAAGAAAUAGCGUGCGACAAGGACAGACAUAUCGCGCAAUAAACAAUAGUGUAACAAGGACAGAUAUAUACGCGCGUUAGACAAAGAUAGCAUGCGAUAAAGCGUGAUAUUCACGCGUUAGACAAGGAGAGCAGUAGCGUGUGACAAAGACAGACAUACUGCGCGGUAAACUCGUUGUUGCUAGUGGCGCUGUCGUGCAAAACCUGCGUAAAUUAAAAUGGUAGGAUGUGACACAAAAAUGGUAAAGGGAUCCAGAGAUCCCCGAAUCGUUGGCCGAAAAAAUACAUUGCAUACUAGGUCUAUCCAUAUACCUCGUCUGUGCUUUAGUCAAUGAUUUAAGCAUAGAGUGCGCUGAUUUUUAAUAUGUCGGUAAUUCAGAGUAUGGGAUGCAAAAUUCCAUAAGAUGCAGUGUCUACUUAUAUACAUCGUCUAUGUGAUAGACUUUCGGUUGUCACGUAGGUAGUUUAUAUAUAAGUCAGUUACAAUUGCGGUUCAGAUAAUACUGUAAAAUAAUUUUCGUAAACCGUUCACGCAUUAAGAAAUAAUUUUUUUGUCGAAGCAUUGAUAGCCAGUGAUAAAGCAACCAUUGUAUUUUACUCAAAGCUUUUCAAUUUAAUUAACGUAUCUCAAGUGAAAAUUGAGAAAUGCCCAUGUUAAGAAGCGAAGCUGUCAGCCUAACACUGUAAACAGAACAAGAUUGUAUUGUAUGAUUACUUAACGUUUAAAAUGUCCGUGACUGAAGAAAAAAUUCAAGAACUAAACAGACGAUUUCUGGAAUUUAUGAACAAAAGUGAGAAUGUAGAAGCAGCGACUAAAGAAAUUUACGAUGAUUUGCUCGAUGAGGUGUUGAUGGGUUUUGUUUUCGACGUACAUCGAACUACAAAGACUGGUAGUUCUGACGUUGAAGAAGGCAUACCUGAUGACGAAUCGUAUGCUAUAGUAGAUUCUCCAGGACUGGACGUGUUUGGUCACGAUGCUAUCAAAAAAUUUCAAGAUUGCAAUUGCCCAAAUUGUGACAGAGGGGUUUCAGCGUUUCGUUUUGCAACCCAUUUAGAGAAAUGUAUGGGCAUGGGAAGAAACAGUUCACGAGUUGCAUCAAGACGUAUAGCAAAUAAUUCAAAAGAUCUUGGCAACUUCAGUGACAAUGACAAUGAUGUUGAUUGGAGUUUAAAUAAUGGUAGGCGUAAACGCAGGAAAGAUCGUAAUGGUAUGAAGAGAACAAAACAACAAAAGAAUAAUCAGAGAAAUGGUGAAACUGUAAAUGAACAUAUUCAUAGCAGUAAUGAGAAUUCCCCAUCGAAUUAUGAAAAUAUGUCCUUGGAAGAUAAACGGAUUUUACUAACACAGAUCUGUGGAGUAAUAUCAGAGCAUACAAAGAAAUUGUGUACAAGAUCAAUGCGAUGUCCACAACACACCGAGGAUCAAAGGAAAGAAAUGAGAGCGAAUUUGGAAUCUGGAAACAAUAUACAACCUAGUCAGGAUAAUCUUCAUGUAGAUGUAGAUACCUAUGAAGAAGGAGAUGGGCAGAAUUUAAGAGAAGCAUUAGCGCGUUGGGACCGCGAAGGAUCAAGUCAUUCAAGUCCAGCGGAUUCUAAAUCAACCACGUCAUCAUCUUCGAUAAGUAGAAAACGGGAAACGAAAUCAAAAGGCAAAGGCAAAGGUUCCAAACGUGACCGUGGAUCACCCAUUUCACAAGGAGAUUAAAAUUAAUUCGUUUAAUUUUUUUUAAUUUUAAAAAUUUUUUAACAGGUCAAGUUAUGUAAUAAUAAUGUUCCUAUGCAUUGUAUAAAGCUUUAAGAAUAUAUUAUCCAUCACAAAAA